GGUCAAUCCGAGAGGUCAGAGGUUGAUAUGUAAAUAUCCAACAUGGCGGCGCCCGUAGAUGACAUGUUUUCUCGCUGCGUGGAUCCUGCCAAAGCCAGUAAUAACGUGGAGGUUCGAUUUAUCGAUAAUGUCAAGGGCAAAGGAUUAUUCGCCAAAAGGCCUUUCAAAAAGGGCGACACUAUUUUUAUUGAGCAGCCUCUAGUCUCAUCUCAGUUCUUGUGGAAUGCCUUGUACAAAUACAGAGCAUGCGAGUACUGUCUGCGUGCUCUGGAGACAGCAGAGGAGAACGCCAGGCGGUUGAGCGGUCUGCCGGCUCUUAGUCUGCCUCACCCUGAGCUCUGUAAAGUGCGGCCGGAUCGACACAAGGCCUGUCCACAAUGUCAGGUGAUGUACUGCAGCGCUGAGUGCCGGCAGGCCGCAUGGGAGCAGUACCACAAGGUCCUGUGCCUCAGUCAAUCUCACGACGAUCCGGAUCAUCCGGUUAACAAGCUGCAGGAUGCAUGGCGGAGCGUGCACUACCCUCCGGAAACUUCCAGUAUCAUGAUAAUGGCAAGGAUGGUGGCCACCAUCAAGCAGGCUCAAGAUAAGGAACGCUGGCAGAGGUUGUUCUCUAAUUUUUGUAGCCGUACAGCGAAUGAAGAGGAGGAAAUAGUUCAUAAAUUGUUGGGAGACAAGUUUCAGGGACAGCUGGCGUUGCUGCGUAAUCUCUUUACCACAGCGCUGUAUGAGGAUCGUCUCAGUCAGUGGUUCACCCCAGAUGGUUUUCGCUCUUUAUUUUCACUUGUUGGGACCAACGGUCAGGGCAUUGGCACCAGUUCUUUGAGUCAAUGGGUUCACGCGUGUGACGCGCUGGAGCUUCCCAGCCAGCAGAGGGAGCAACUGGACGCUUUUAUCGACCAGCUGUACAAGGACAUCGACAAAGAAACCGGCGACUUUCUGAACUGCGAGGGCUCCGGCCUUUUCCUGCUGCAAAGCUCUUGUAACCACAGCUGCGUUCCCAACGCGGAGGCAUCUUUCCCCGACAAUAACUUCCUCCUCCACCUCAGCGCCCUCAGCGACAUCAGCCCCGGAGAGGAGAUCUGUAUCAGCUACCUGGACUGCUGCCAGCGAGACCGGAGUCGUCAUAGCCGGCACAAGAUCUUGAGGGAGAAUUAUUUAUUCAUCUGUUCCUGUCAGAAGUGCAUGUCCCAGAUGGAUGAUGCGGAUAUGACAUCAGAGGAUGAGGACGAAGUGGAAGGUGAAGGUGAAACGGAGGGAGACGACAUGGAGGAUGAAAUGACCGAUGUGUGAUUUCACUCAGGUUCCUCGGCUCACCCAAACCACUUCACCCGUUUCUUCGUGGACCUUUCCGAUGUGAUCCUGACCCCCGUCACAGGGUGUAAUAUCCACAGCAGUUGAGAAACCAACAUCACACUUACAGUAGCAGUACAGUUGUUUGGCUGUUAUCCUUAAUAUCGAAGCCUAUGCAAAAUAUAAGUGCGCUAUUUUUAUCAUGUGCUUUUUUUGUCAUGAUUUCUACCAUGCAAUGGGUUAAAGCUUCAAGUAGCUCCGAACACACUAAAAACUGUGACCAAGCAUGAAACAUGAUCUGACUGUCCACUAAUGGGUUACUUAUUAUAUACUGACCAUCCAAAAGAACAUGAAUCCUCUGUUUUCUCACAUCUCGAGAAACUGUACAGUCAUCAGAUCGAGAGGAAGAAGUGACCAGCUUCAUAUUACUUUAAUGUGACACAAAAAGUCAAAUCUGACCCUGUUCUAGUGUUGUAGCCUUUCUGAAAUCUUGGAAAUGGUUAAUGUAAGUUUAAUAAAGGUUAUGGCAAUAAUAACAGUAGUUCUAUGCAAUAGCAUAUAACUUUAUUUUUGAAUAACAAGCUUUCAAAAAGUGGGCAUCAGUGGUGUCAUCUGCAAUCAAAUUGAGUCAUUCGUAUUUGUGUUUUUCACUUUUCACAAUCCAAAGCUGCUUUACAUAAAAUGCUUUAAACCACAGAAAAAAAAAUCCAUAAGGUGUUUAGAGUGAAGGGAAAAACCUUGAGAGGAGCCUUCAAGACUUAUUUAGCAUGCUCUAUGUGCUUAGUGUUAAAUAAACACAGUACUAACAUUUGUUUGGGGUCUGUUAUGUUCACCAAGGCUGCAUUUAUUUGACUAAAAAUACAGUAAAAACAGUAAUGUGAAAUAUUAUAACAUUUUAAAAUAAAUAUUUUCUACGUGAAUAUCUGUUAAAAUGUAAUUUAUUUCUGUGAUGCAAAGAAGAAUUUUCACCACCAUUUUUGCAGUCUUCAGUGUCCUAUGAUCCUUUAGAAAUCAUGUUUAUUUGCUCCUCAAAAACAUUUCUGAUUAUUAUAAAUGUUGAAAGCAGUUAUGCUGACUGAUAUUUUUGUGUAAACUGAAAAAAGUAAUAGUUAAAAAUAAUAAUAAAAAAAUUACUCAAGGUUGCAUUAAAUUGAACAGAAGUAAACACUGGCAGUAAAUACAUUUAUAAUAUAUUAUGAAAUCAAUUAUCUUCUUUAGAACUUUCCAUAUAUCAAAAGAAUAAUAAUGUAUAAUGGUUUCUACAAAACAUAUUUUUUUGUAGAAUGCUUUCUGCGUUGAUAAGAACCAUUAUUUAUAACAGCACCAAUUAUAACUGAUAAUAAUUGAGCAGCAAUCAGCAUAUUAAAAUGAUUUCUGAAGGAUCAUGUGACACUGAAGACUUUGAUCACAGGAAUAAACUACAUUUUGCAAUAUAUUCACAGGAAACGGCUAUUUUUAAAUCAUAACAAUAUUUCACAAUAUUCUUGUUUGUACUGUAAUAAUGCAACCUUGCUGAGCAUGAGAGAUUUAUUUACAAAAUGUUAAAAAAAAAACAUAAUUAUUACAAACUUUUGAUUGAUGGCGUAUGCAAAAUCUCUCAUAGUACAUGUAAUAAUAGCCAUGUAUUAAAUGAAUAAAUGAUCCAGUGUUUAAACUCUAAGGAUGAUUAGUUAGUUCGGUUAGAGUGAUGCAGGUAGUGUGGAGCACAGCAUCCUUCACAGUCUGGCUGUGGUUGUCAGUCCUGCGUUGAUGUAUAGUCUUUUGAAAGGCGUCCUAAACGACUGGAACAACUCUCUGUCGCUAUCUGGCUUAUAUAGGCUCUAGCUGGCUGUCGUUUGCAGUCUUUGAAAUCCAUCCUAAAUGGCUGGGAUGAUGCAGGCAGCGGUCAGUGGAGUGUUCAUCACCGUAUGACUCGUGUAGGCUGGAGUUUGCAGUCGUCGCUCGGCAACAGAUGAGGUGGGAGUGGGACACGGAGCUGGACCGAAUCAAACUCACAAACUCACAUUCACGCCUGGCUCCUUUCUGAUAUCUAAUGCCCACUGUUCACGAUCCAAUCAAUUGUUGAUGGACAAAAUCAAGUCUCUUGUUGAAUAUUCUGUUUCGUUUGAAAAUGCAGCACGUUAUGAAAGUCAAAUGCGACUGCCGCUUCAUGUUGACUUUAACUCUUUACACGCCAGCAUUUUAUUAAUUUGCCAGCCGCUGCCAGCAUUUUUGAUGCUUUUCACAAAAUAUCAUGGCUCCCAAAAUAUUUUGUUUGCAUGAAUAUCUGAACAUGCGGUAUGUCAAAAACAACAGAGCCUCUAACAAACAAACGUUUUAUUCUUGUAAUAUGAUGUUAUGAUGGUACAGGUUCCACGUGACCAUGUAGAUCAUACACACGUGAAACAUAUGACUAUUCUACCUUUUUUUAAAUCAACAUGACGGUGGGUACAUUUAAUAAAAAGGCAAUAUUUUGAACAAAAAGCUGAGAAGAUCAUCUUGGACGUAUUCAGAACGAUUACAUGCAAAGUGCGUACGAGUUUCUGAAUGAACCGCUCGUUUUAAAAUUUUCCCAAGCUACUGAAAUGUGUUUUAUUGUCUUGAAAUGCAUUUAUUGCUUCGAACAUUACAAUGCACAUGAUAACUUUUGUUAAACUCUACAAUGAAUAAAUCCACUUCAGGAGCUAAUUCUAUAACAUGCUAACGCAACAAGGCAAGUUUAAAGAGUAGUGUUAGCAUUUCUGAUCCUUUUCACAAAAUAUUUUGUUGCAUGAAUAUCUGAACAUGCGAUGUGUCAAAAACAACAGGGUCCCUGCUUUUGAACAAACAAACAAUGUUUUAUUUACAAAAAGUAAAUCCACUUCACCAGCUAAUUACUCUUCAACAUGCUGUAGAGCUAAAGCAACAACACAAAUUCAAAGACUAGGGUUUAAAUUUUAUGGCUGUGCACUUUUUUCCCCUGACUAUGGAAGCCCAUGAAUUGUGAGUUAUAGACGUUUCUCCUGAACGCGGAAGUCACUUUUAACCUGAAGAAUGCUUUGCAUUUCCGGUGUCCAGUGUUUCUAGUCAAAUUAGUGUAUAUUCCAAGUUGAUAAUCUAAUGUUAAACCUAUUAAAAUGUUUUUAAAAAGCACAUGGCUCCAUAGCACCAUCACUUUGCAAUGUUGCAAUGACCAACUUUUGUCAGUGCCUCUGUCCUUAAAGUUUACCACAACACGAAGUUUGACACGAAGCUGCCGACGUUAUCUACAUUGAAAACAUAUGGGCGCUAUUUGAAUGGGUUCCUAUGGAGGCCGGAAGUUAGAAUUCAUAAUGGCGGUGCUCAUCGUUUACCAUUUUCUUUCAGUUGUGAGUUUAUAUCUUGCAAUUAUGACUUUAUAACUCCCAAUUGCAAGUUCAUAUCUCAGUUCUGGAAAAAAAGUCAAAAUUGCAAGUUUAUAUCUCACAAUUCUAGCUUUUUUUUCUGAGUUUCUACAUUUUCUCAGAAUUGCAUGUUUGUAUCACAGUUGUGAGGGGAAAAAAAGUAAGAAUUGACCCUUUGCAAAAACCCGCCCUCCUUUGUUACUGUUGCUUUUUUUGACAAACAAUGUCAAAAAUGACAAACAAAAAAUACAUC